ACAGCGAUUGGCGCGUGCGGCGAAGUAGGCCAGGGAGCUCCCGCGAGGGGGCGCGGGAGGCGGCUCGUGACUAGCAGUCGAUGCCGAGCAGUUGGCUCGUGACUAGCAGUCGAUGCCGAGCAGUUGGCUCGUGACUAGCAGUCGAUGCCGAGCAGUUGGCUGGUCGCCGGAGAGCCAGCAGUGCGGCCGCGACAGCACAGCAGGUAUGGUGGCCGACAUGCUGCCGCACAUGCCGUUCCUGAGCCAGAACUGGCCCUUCAUCGUGACGGGCUUGCUGGUGUUCGUGGGGCUGCGCCUCUUGCACCGCUCUGCCGGCCCAGACCUCGCCGCCCGCUACCGCACCCCGGAUCAAGUGGCCGAGGAGAAGGAGCGCGAGGACGACGAGGACGCCUGCAACCCGGACAUCUCCAGCGCGCUGCCAGUGAACCUGCAGCACGUGCCGCUGGAGUUCUCCCGGCUGCCGGCCGAGGAGUCCCUCCGCCGCUCGCAGGAGUUCUACCAGCUCAUGAGCGGUCGCAGGACCGUCAGGUUCUUCAGCUCCGACCCCGUGCCCGCCGACGUCAUCAGGAACAUCAUCAAGACCGCAGGAACGGCCCCCAGCGGCGCUCACACCGAGCCCUGGACCUACGUCGUCGUGUCGGAUCCCGACGUGAAGCAGAAGAUCAGGGACAUUGUUGAGGAAGAAGAGGAGGUGAACUACAAGAAGCGAAUGGGUGUCAAGUGGACAACAGAUUUAAAGCCUUUUAAGACCAACUGGAUUAAAGAGUACCUGACAACGGCACCAUACCUCAUUCUGGUGUUCAAACAACUGUACAGCUUCAAAGAGGAUGGCACAAAGAAAAUCCACUACUACAACGAAAUAAGUGUCUCACUAGCAUCUGGGAUACUUCUGGCUGCCAUACAUUUCGCCGGCCUGGUGUCCCUGACCAGCACCCCGCUCAACUGCGGUCCUGCUCUCCGCAGCCUGCUGGGCCGGCCCAGCUACGAGAAGCUCACGCUGCUGCUGCCCGUGGGCUACCCCUCGCAGGAGGCCACGGUGCCUGACCUGGCCCGCAAGCCCCUGCACGAGAUCCUGGUGGAGGUGUGAGGUCCUGCGACUGCACCGGCACCAGCCCCCUCCUCCGCCCCACCCGAGCACGCAUCACUACACCAGACCUUUUGUACUUACCAAUGUUCAAGUGUACGUUUCACUAACUAUAUUUAUAACAACAUGUUGUUCGAUGUUCAAUGGAAACGUUAAAGAUAGAAAAAUACAUAGCUUUAAUUGUGUUUCAUGGUAAUAGAAGUCUUCAUUGAAAAAAAAAAGACUAUUUAUAAUUACAAAAUUCCAAAUAUAAAGAAAAACCUGUAUAGUUAUUUUUUAUAUUAUACUUUAAUUUUUAAUUUUUUGUAGUAUACAAAAAUGUGUUGGCCCAUCCUGCAACCCUUCUAACAUGGUGCAGGCUGCCCCCCCCUCCCCCCCCCCCCCCCAUCGUUUUAUUAUCUGUGUCCCUGCAUACAGCCUUAAUGAAAUAUUUUAAUGGGUGUGAUUUCAUAGUCACUGCCAACUGAAUUGAGUGGUAUCCACUCAAUUGGGUACGGCAAAAAGACAAACAAAAACUUGCAUCAUUGUUGCAUCAUGUACCAUACAACACACAUCCUUUCAAACAUGUGCAUUUAAAGAAACAAAUUACUUUACUAAAAUAUUGUAAAGUUACUUCAACAUUACAUAAAUGUGUCUAAUACUGUUGUAGCGAGGGGGAUUGACAUACAAACAUACGAGAUCCAUCAGCGAAUCUCUUUCCUUCCUGACAAACAAACACAAAUAUUUUACUACUUUACACAACAUAUGACUAUGUAUUAUUUUUUUCUUGUACAUACAGAUACAAACCUAAUAUACACACCACCAUAUACUAAAUAAUAUAAUUAAAUAUAUAUCACUUUACAAACACUGAAUAUUAUAUGGAUACAGGAACAAUCUAGUAAAUGUUAUUAUUAAUUGAUAUUUUAAUAGUUCUCUGAUUUGACUGGUACAUUCAGGGCCGCAACUAGGGGGGAGCAAGCGGGGCAUACGCCCCGGGCGCAAAGCUGUGGGGGCGCCGAAAUCGCUUGCAUUGUAAUUCCUUCCUACUACAACUGGUAACUGGUAAAAAGUUUUUUAACUUGCAUGCCAGGAAUGUCUAAUCUGAUUUACAAUAUAACGUCUCAACAUAUUUAAUGAACAAGUCUAAUGAUUAUACGGACUACUUUAUGGACAUAGUAGGUUCAUGCAUGGAAGGUACAGUAGCACAGUAACUGUUACAUGUAGGUAUGGAAAAUGCUUAAAUACGUAGCACC